ACCACCUCCACGAAUCAAGUGUUGCUAUAGUUAAUUCAUACUUUUUUGAGAUCCAAGCUCCCAGCCCUUGACCUCCACGUGCUAUCUGAACCCUUGGACCCUGCACUUCUUUGAGACCUGCAGUGAGUCCGGGGCUCCUAAAGUGUCGAACUCGCUCCUUCUGGACGAAGCUGUUCUAUGCGUUGUACCUGCCCUCGGGCCGGCCCAUAUCCUGCCGCCACUAUCUACACCAGUCGCCAUGCCCACGAAGCGUCUCUCGCCUUCAUCUGACGCGAAUGAUGUGGUAAAUUUGCCCCUCAAGAAGACCCAACGAACACACGAGGAAAACCAGGAGAGAGCGUACAUUGCGGCCUCGCGCAGGGCCGACCGCGACAUCGAGCACCGGAUCCGGUCCGCCCUGAAGGCCUCCGAGUGUCGCCGGAAGCGGACCGGCCGAGGCCUCAAGAUCACGCGCGAAGCCGUCAUUGGCGACGAGCAGUACGAGAGCGAAGAUGAUGAUCAUGCCUCUCGCCGCUUCAGCAUGCCCGCUACCACCAGCACUACCGCUUCCAGCCUCUCCAACCCCUACGUGCAGUCGCCCAGCCGCGCUGCCGACCGCUACGCCGAGAUCGACGCCUUGUUCGCCAAACACUUUCCCCACGUCCAACUCUCCUCGCAAUGGUCGAGGCAACAUCAGACAACACACCGAUACAGUUAUUCGCAGCCUUCCUUGGGCCCGCAGGCACAGGCCCACCCGGGCCGGUACGUCCCCCGGUUCCAGCAGCAGCAGCAACAACACCAACAUCACCAAAAUAGCUCGGUACAGAUACCCGUACCAGUUCCGGCCACUUUCUCCAAUACGGCGAUGACGACGACGACGACGACGACGACGACACCACCAACAGCGGCACCAACCUCUUCCCCCUCGUGCUCCUACUCCCCGGCCCUCCUCACCCCACCAGUCUCCUACCCGCUCCCACCAGCUGCCUGCGGCAACGGUGAAGCGGCCGGAUCCCCCACCGCCAAGUCCGGCUCCAUGUCUCCUCUCCUUCUCGAGAACCAGCACUCGUCGUUGUUGUCCUCCUCCUCUUCCCGGCCUGGCAGCGCCUUCUCGGCCGCCGCGCAGCAAGCGACCGUCGGCCUGGGCCUCGCGAGCGGCUAUCUCCAACAAGUCGCGACCACCGGCGCCGGCGGUGACCUCGACAGUCACGACGGCGCGGCCGCGGCGCUGUCUUGUUGUUUCGGCACCCUCGGUUAUUCGGCGGAGACGGUGCCGGCGGGGCUGGGAGCCGACGAUCCGCUGUGGUACAGUAGCGGCGACCACGGCCCAGGCGCCACGGCCGCGGGCGGCCGCGGCGGCUUGACCGCCACUACCACCACCACCACCACUGCUACUACCCCUACUGCUGCUGCUGCUGCUGCUGCUGCUGCUGCUACCACUACUACCACCACCGCCUCCGCCCCGGCCCAAGCGGGGUGGCAGAGCCAGAGCCGGAGCCUGUCGCUGCCCUCGGCGCUGGAGCAGUUCCAGUUCUUCCCCGCAUUCGAGCAGGCCUCGAUCGGGGAGGAGGAGCCGUCCGACGCGCUGAUCGACCCCGGUAUCCUGGCGUCAGGGUCGGGUGUCGCCGCCGGGUCGGGGUCGGGGUCGGUGCCCGUCGACGGGUUCGACGCGGGAGCGCCCGGCGAGCCGUGGGCGGACUGGAUUAAUCUCGACGGGGACGCGCCUGCGCCCCUGGGCGUCGAGGUGUGAUAUUUUUUCUCCGUUUUCUUCUCUUCUCUUUUAUUAGUCCGAUGAUGAUUUACUGGAUGAAGUGAUCAUCACUUAAUGAUGGAACGGGCGGCAUUAUCUGAAUCAUCUUCCUUUGGGUGUUCUGAAGACUUAGAAUGGUUUUUCUCCAAAAUGUGAUAUGGGAACGGGGAAAGAUAGGCGACGGAGUUUAUUUUUGUUUUCUUGUUCCUGUGACGGUUGGAUGCGGAUUUUCUCCUGCUGGCGCUGCAUCUUGGGUCAGAGUGGCCCUGUUCGAUCUCGUUAUCGUACUUGUCAGGAGCGAGGCGUCCGUAGCUACUUCCGCGGAUGACUAUCGCAUUCGGUCGAAUGCGCAAUGAGUCAAUGACAAGCUGGGGGGUUAGGGAGACUGAAUGUUUUCGCUUGAAAAGGAGAAGCACAGGUGAAGUGCCUAGCAAUUCCCAAGUAGGUAGUAAGAGGGCAGACAAGCUUAUAAAUGUCCAAGCCA